UGAGACCCUUCAAGGAAAGAGAGAGAGAGAAAGGGCAGGAACCGUUUCAUCUUUGAUGGGACACCGAAAAAAGAUGUGACCAACACACAGAUGGACAAGAAAAAUUCAGGAGGCAGAAGGGAUCCAUGCCACGUCCACCCCGUCUCCAGCUGUGGCCUCAGUGCCCAUCACCCUGCCUAACACCAGCAGAGAAGAGAGCGUCCGCGUGGCCCAGAGACUGCAGACCGCCAUCAUGUCUAGUCCCAAAACAGGAGAACAGGGCAUCCACUAGGCCCGGAGAACACAGACCCCCAUUAUGUCUAGUCCCAAAACAGGAGGAGAACAGGGCAUCCUCUGGGCCCGGGGGAAAUGGACCCCCGUCACUGGUCCUAAGUCCACAGGAGAACAGAACAUGCUCUGAGCCCGGGGCAAACACACCCCUGUCACCAGUCCUAAGUCUGCAGGAGAGCAGGGCAUCCUGUGAGCCCGGGGCAAACGGACUCCCAUCACUGGUCCUAAGUCUGCAGGAGAACAGAGCAUCCGCUGAGCCCGGGGCAAAUGGACUCCCGUCACUGGUCCUAAGUCUUCAGGAGAACAGGGCAUCCUGUGAGCCCGGGGCAAAUGGAACCCCGUCACUGGUCCUAAGUCUGCAGGAGAACAGAGCAUCUGCUGAGCCCGGGGCAAAUGGACUCCCAUCACUGGUCCUAAGUCUGCAGGAGAACAGAGCAUCCGCUGAGCCCGGGGCAAACGGACUCCCGUCACUGGUCCUAAGUCUGCAGGAGAACAGGGCAUCCUGUGAGCCCGGGGCAAAUGGACUCCCGUCACUGGUCCUAAGUCUGCAGAACAGAGCAUCUUGUGAGCCCGGGGCAAACGGACUCCCGUCACUGGUCCUGAGUCUGCAGGAGAACAGGGCAUCCUGUGAGCCCGGGGCAAACGGACUCCCGUCACUGGUCCUAAGUCUUCAGGAGAACAGAGCAUCCGCUGAGCCCGGGGCAAACGGACUCCCGUCACUGGUCCUAAGUCUGCAGGAGAACAGAGCAUCCGCUGAGCCCGGGGCAAACAGACCCUCAUCAUUAGUCCUAAGUCUGCAGAACAGAGCACCCACUGAGCCCGGGGCAAACGGACCCCCAUCACUGGUGCUAAGUCUGUAAGAAGACAGAGCAUCGGCCGGUCCAGCACGCACAGGCGCUCACAGGCCUUCCCCCACCUCCUCACAGGGACUUUCUCCCCGUGUCCUCCUCUCACUGUCUGGAUUAAAAGUUUUUCUCCCCAUCUGUCUACUCUUUGAGAGUCAUACCCUUGUCCUCUCCCUAGUUUCCCAGUGGGACCACGUAUAUUUUUAACUGUCUGCUUAGAUUCAACACGUGUGACAUCACGAGCUCACCGUCCUGCAGCCCGUGAACAGCUCGGGGCCUUUGCCCGGGCCCUACAGUCCACGCGCCCCUACACACCCACUCCUCUCUGCACCGCAGCUUGCCUGCUCUGGCUUCACCGUUUCUGUCUUGCCGAGCCCCCUCUGCUUUUGCUUGUUCGAAAAUGUCUGUAUUUCAUUCAUGAUCACUGAGCCACGUCUACCAACCCUCGGUUUGCACCUCGAUCACCGCACCACAUCCCCACCGUCCUCACGGCCCCGGAGAUGCCAGCUGCUAGCCCACAGCUGAGUCAACAUUCAGCUUUGCUCUCUGUGUGCUUUUAGGAUCUUAUUUUUGUCUCCCAAUUGGUAAGUGGAAGCAGGGGGCACGCGGAGCUUCAGGCAGAGAUCAGGCAAGAGAAGAAAUGGAAGACGAACGUAAGGAUAAGACGGACUCACAUUCCCCAUCUGAAGAGGAGCCGGCGCAGAAAAGAUGGAGACAGAAGUAGGUACGGGCAAAGACUGGGGGGGAGUAGUGUGCCCCUGCCUCCACCUGCCAGGCUCUUCUCUGUAGCUCAUCGAGUUACUUCGGGCUGGGAGGAAGUGGUCCAGAGAACAGCAGACCCCACAAUAAGAUACACAUAUUUAUGUUUUGUUUUUUUUUUUAAGCAGGCACAACGUGGGGCUUGAACUCACAACCCUGAGCUGAGGUCAGGAGUUGGACGCUUAACCGACUGAGCCACCUAGGGGGUCCAGAUACGUAUUUAUUAAAUAAGCGUAUUCCUGCUCUGCCAUCCUUGUACAGUGCCUCAUGGCCAAGAUAGCUGCUAGAGCGCCAGCCAUAGCACCGCAUGCCGUGAAGGAAGAGAGAACACAUUUCCCCUCAUAUUUGGAAAACGUGCCUCGCUGAAAGCAAGAUUCCAUCACCAAGAAUAAACGUGCAGGGGCGCCUCGGGGGCUCAGUCUGUGAAGCGUCUGCCUUUGACUCAGGUCAUGAUCCGGGGUCCUGGGAUCAACCCCACAUCCGCUCCCCUGCUGGGCAGGAAGCCUGCUUCUCCCUCUACCUGACGCUCCCCCGCUUGUGCACUCACAAGCGCUCGCCCUCUCUCUGACAAAUGAAAACACAUUUGUUUAAACAAGUGAAUCACGGCUUUGUCAGGACCUGGCCCCUGAGCCGUUUGUUCCUCCUUCUCCAGGAAGAUGAUGCCGGAGCAACGAUCCCGUGUGCCCGUCCACACCCACCCAUUCCCACCCUCUCCGCAGACCAGCCCACGCCAUCCCCAGCCUCAUCCAGCUUCCAAGGCCGACUCCAGGGGGAGGCAGAAGAUGGAUUUCCACGUCCUUGUCAUGUGGAGGGGCGCGCCCGGUGGGAGAGGUUUGCCGAGGCUGAGCCUGGCCCCACGCAUCCAUCCCGUCUUCCCAGGGCUUACGGGGGGCGGCGGUCACCCCAGGCUCAGGGUGACGGAGGGAUCACUCGCAUCCAGGAAGAGCUUGCUAACCUGCUACGGUCUCCGUCUCUAACAGGCGUCCUCUGUUUUACCAGACUGCGCCCUGAGAAGUCCAGUCGAAUAUGAGCGGCAGAAGGGGGCGGGGGCAGAGCGCAAGGGGCUGGGGGAGCGCCGUCCCCUGGAAGGAGGGGGGCGGGGGGAGGCGCCCACGGCCUGGGAUACAGCCAACAGAAAACACAGACAAGAGGGGUCAACUUGGGGCACCUGGACCAGUAAUCACUGUUCAGAGAACCGUGCUCGGCUCAUCAAUGGCAAGACCGACUUCUUAAGAAAAAACUGCAGCCACCGGCCAUUUACAGGAGAUGCACCAAAACCAUAAGGAAGCAAGAAGGAGUGAGGAAGGGGACGGGGGACACAGGAGAGGGUGAUGCGGCAACUGUGAGACCAGGUCAAGCUGUCUUGGAGGCAAAGAGCCUUACCGGGGAUCAUGAAUGCGUCAGUCGUAGCAAAGGAACAGUUCCUAGGAAUGACACACACA